CUGCUCCCAUCGCUCGGAUGUCCGUCUCCUCUCUCCACCAGCAGCAGCGCACAGGAUGCGCUCCGGAUGAACUUCAGCUGCACGGGAAGCAUUUAGAUGCCGUCCUGCUGUGCCGCUACCGUUGCAGAAGUUUAACUUGUUUGGGUGGGGCAAACAACCUGCUGGGACUCAACUGAUUCCGCUUCACUGUGACAUUUAAAUAUGUCGGAACCACGCUGCAAAAGACUGAAAACUAGCCUCCCUGUCUGCAAAAACCACAAAGCGCUUAGUGACAGCCGGGUGACGCAGAACCUGCCAGGCAUGGUGGAGGAGAGUCUCUGCGGCGUAACGACUUUGAUUAUGGAGGCUGCUUACAGGCUGCAAGCGCUGGCUCAGAUAUUUGAGCAGCAUGAUGUCGCCCUGCCAAGGGUAGCUGGCUUUUUCCGUCAGGAAUCGGAGAAGGAGCAGAAGCAGGCUGAGGCCAUGCUGGCCUAUCUGACGGAGCGGGGGGCACGCUACUGCAAUAAGGACAUCAAGAAGCCUGGGUGUGAGGAUGUAUGUUCCCUCAUCCCUGCCCUGGAGGUCGUGCUUGCUCAGUGGAAGGAGCUUUUGUCGUGCAUGGUGGAGCUUUGCCAGUUGGCCGGGGAACAUGGUGACCCACACACGGCCAGCACGGUCAAGGGCUGCUUCCUGGCCCCUCUGGUCCCCAAGGUCAAAGAACUGGGUGAUCUCCUGACCAACGCCAAGAGAGUGGGAUGCGGCGGCCAUAAGGCCGGCUUUGGAGAGUACCUAAUAGAUCAGCUUCUGGAGAAGCUGUCUGGGGUCUGAUCCUGCUCACCCACUCCCAUUUGUACACAUAAACACCCUGUCCAGACUCCACCCCCUUCCUUCCAAAGGAAUUUUUGGACUCAGUGUUCCUGUUGUUGAUCACUUCUGUAUAUUUAGCUGAUCCUUUCAUCCAAAGCAACAUACAAAAUUGGUGAGCCAAUUUUUGCAUCAGUUCAGGUUCAGGGUCUUGCUCAAGGGCCCAAUGGUGAAAUCACUCUGCUGACCAUGGGUUUUGAACCGACGACCUUCCAAUCAAACCAAAUUUAAUUUAUCGGUACAUUCAGUAUUAAGCAGUGUUUCCUCGUACAAGUCCUUGGUAAACAUGAAGCCAGUCAUCGUGUUUUGGAAUUGCAGGAGACCACCCACACGGGGAGAGAACUUACAAACUCCACUCACUGGGUUGGGGGCAGGAUUUGAACCCCUGACACUGGAGGUGUGAGGCUAAUGUGCUGCCCACUGAGACGCCAAACUGCACCUUCCUUUGGAAUAAGCCAAUGAGUAAAGUUGGAUGAGUAAGGAUAGAAUUUGCAGUGCUAAAAGUGCACUGUCAGGUGUUUAUGUUGGACUCUCUAGCACAGGGGUUCUCAAAGUCCAGACCGCAUUCCAGAUGCAGACCAAACCACAUGCUAAUCCGGACCCAUCCCAUAAUGCAGCUUUGGAUCAAUAUGGUUAACAUAAAAAGGCUUAAUAUGGUUUGAAGUACAAAAAUACAAUGUAGAACCACCAAAGUACACACACACAUAACUCGUCGUAACUCCCACCCAAUGAUGGUCUAAACGAUCAGCGAAUGUUAAAAAGUUCACAUUUUUGUUAUAUAUUGAUGUCUAUAUCAAAAGUUAUAGUCAUGAAAUGCUGUUUUGUUAUUGGAAACUGUCCCUGACCGACUGUUCCCAAAAAUCUGAUACAGACCUUUGAUCACAAUGUUUGAGAUCCCCUGCUCUAGCAGUCCAAGUCAGCUUAAGCUGCGAUUUGGGUGCAUGGUGUUUGGUGUGGACCACCAGGUUUUGGUGACAUUCUGCCAUACAUAACAUUCCAGAUUCACUGGCUGAGGUUAAUGACAAAUGGUGUUAUUGAGGGAAGAAGUCCGCUUUGCAUCCAGGGUCCGACUUUUCAGUCCUCGGCAAGCAAUAUAUGAAAAAAAACACAGAAUGUUAUGAUGGUCUGCUUAAGAAAAUUUUUAUCCAUGAUAAAACUGGAUGCAGGAAACUCACUGUCAGCUUUUGGUAACAUUUUUACUGAUUAUACGGUUUCUCAUUUGACCAUAAUGAUAUUUUUAUAUUAGCAAUAGCAAGAGAUUUUGAAACUCUGAAUUCCUAUUACUCAUAUUCCGUUGAAUUUAUGUUUUUUUGGUGCGUUAGGGUGUGGAUGGGAAAUUUGCUGUGGGAUAUUUCAGUGUUUAUUUUUUAUUAAAAAUAAAUUAUUAAACUUGAAAGUUCAAAACUAUAUUGAUAAAAUGCGCAGAUAUGUAGAUAUUUUUAGAAGGAGAUGGGAAGUCCAGAUAGUGGGUCACUAAUCAGUUGUUCAUUAAAAUUCAUUUUAUUCAUGUGUUCGCUCCAGUACAUUGAAAGCAUGCAUUUCAGUGUUGCUGUUGAAUACCGUAUAAGCCGAUAUAGUGGGUUCAUUUUUUCUUUUCAACUUGUUUACAUUUAAAGUUCAUAGCAAGCAAAUUAAUUUAUUAUAUACAUUAAUAUAAUAAUUUAGUAUAUACGCAGAGAAACAUUUUCAUUAAUGCAGGUAUCUGUAGUUGAGAUGUUAGUUUUUCAAUUUGCUCGAUGCUUUGUGUGUUUAUUGAUCGUCUAUUUAAUUAUUUCAUCCAAUGUUUAAUGAUACUUCCAAAGUUAUUGUGCUAUCAAUGGAAAUUGAAACGAACGUGUUAGGCUGUAAUAUUUAUGUUUCCUUUGCUCUGUGUAUUUAAUUAAAAAAAACAACCUUUGAACCCGUUAUUUUUUAAGUUUUUAUGUUGUAAAUGAAAUAAACAUCACUCUCAUUGC